AUGCAUCAAGGCUGGUGUUUGCCUACACCGGAUUUGAUCAUUUCAGUAACGGGUGGUGCAAAGCACUUUGAUAUGUCACCACGUCUUCGGAACAUCUUUCAAAUGGGUCUAGUCGAUGCUGCUGCUACCACAAACGCAUGGAUAAUUACGACUGGAACAAAUGCAGGUGUGGUUCAAGAAGUAGGCGAAGCUCUGAAUAAUUAUCGAUACAUAUGCAAUAAGCAAGGUCUUGAUAUUCCUUGUAUUGGCAUCGGCAGUUGGAAUUAUACAGCGGACAAUAAACAACUUGAAAUAACGAAUCCCGCAAAUUCUACACGUAUUCAAUCAUACAUAGUGAGAAAGUCACCGAAAGGAAAAUGUCAUUUGGAACCAAAUCAUACACAUUUCCUGUUGUUUGAUGACGGAAAAGAUGAUCCCAAUAAUGUUCUAUCAUUACGAGCCCGCAUUGAAAUGCGAUCAAGAGAUCCAAAUUUAGCACCGCUAUCCGAUGUACAUCAGAUAGGAUAUAGAUCCAAGACAGAAAAUGGUAUUAGAUUGCAAGGCCUCAUUACCACACAAUCCACUCAUACAAAUACAAUGCCGUUGUCACCUGUAGAACCAGUAUGGGAUACACCCAUACCAAUAGUCAUGGUUCUUCUAGAAGGUGGUGCCUCUUCACUCAAUACUGUUUCCAAGGCACUAAAAGAAAACACUCCGAUUGUUGUUGUCAAAGAAUCUGGUCGUGCUGCUGAUUUCGUCGCCUAUUUGUACGAAUACUUUUCGAAUACCAAUAAUCAUGCUACUGAUAAGGAACAACAUCCAACAUCAACAACUAAUAGUUGUGCGCAACGUCAACCAUCAGAUGACAUGUCAGUAUUAUUCUACAGAGCAAUAGACAUGAAACAUCCGAUUUCAUCAAAAGAUCUAAAUGACUUCUAUGAUACAAUACGCACACAUAAAGAAUUCGUGACAAUUUUCAAUUUCAACAGUGAACAGCAUAAUGGCAAUCUUGAAGAUGCGAUUCUCGAAGCUGUACUCAAUGCUGCCAAAGUAUUCACUAAUAAAAAUAACAAUUACAGUCAAACAGUCGAACUUAAAUUGGCUAUGGCUUGGAACAAAUUUGACUAUGCUAAAAAGAAAAUUCUAACAGAUGCGAUCAUUUCAAAGUGGAAAAAAGAAGAUCUUCAACGUGCUCUCUUUGAUGCUCUUCGACGUGGUCAUGUUGAUUUUGUUGAAUUACUCAUCGAAUUGGGCGCAUCUCCUGCGAAGUUAACCAUUGAUGAUCUCGAACAACUCUAUACAUCAUCAUCUGUAAGUAUUUAA